ACAACAAUUUUCUAUGAAUUUCAAUAUGAGCUUGAAAUUGGAUGUUUUAAUUGUGGUGUUGAGGAGAUGAAGAAGGACAAUGAGCUUUACAUUUUCAAUUUGAGGGAAGGAACUAGAAGGAGGACUUUUGAUGUUGUUUUUGAUCCAACUACCUUUGAUACCAAGUGUUUUUGUAAAAAAUUUGAACGUGAUGGUGUGCCUUGUAGGCAUAUGAUUUGGGUGUGGAAGGCAAGGAUGUUAGAAAAAAUUCCCAAGGCCUACAUUCUAAAUAGAUGGUGUACAAUGGCUUAUAAGAAGCCCAUUUUUGAUUUAGAGGGUAAUGUGUUGGAGGAAUGUAUUAAUGCAGUAGAUAAGAAAAUGUUAUUAAAUGAUUUGUGGUCUGAAAUUCAUGCUUGUGUGAGUUUAGUGCAAAACAAUGAAGAUGAUCUUAGUGAUCUUGUCAAAAAACUUCGAGCCAUGAGGGUAGAUUUGGAACAGAAGAAAACAAAUGGAAGCAACAAUCUUUCGAGCAAAGUUAAAGACAUUGAAAUGCUUAUUGGAGCUAGUCUACCUUCUAAUGUUUUAAUCAAACCUCCUAAAAUUUCGAAGAACAAAGGCACGGGGGUUCAUGUUCCAAAUCAGGUCAAUGUUCCAAAUGAUGUCCAUGUUCCAAAUCAGGUUCAUGUUCCAAAUCAGGUAAAUGUUCCAAAUGAUGUCCAUGUUCCAAAUGAUGUCCAUGUUCCAAAUGAGGUUCAUGUUCCAAAUAGUGACAAAAGAAUGAAGAGUGACAGAGAAAAGUCUAUUGAACAAAGUCAAAAGAAGAAGAGAUUAUGUAGAGCAUGUGGGGAGCUUGGUUAUCAUGAUAGUCGUAAUUGCCCUGGAAAAGUCAAGUGAUAUUGUUGGUGAAUAUACUAUUAAUCCAGUUGCAUGAGAUGUUAUAUAUUUAGAAACAAUAUCUCAUUUACUAGCACGUAAAAUAUUAUUCAUGUAAUUCUUAAAAUAUAAGAACUCAAUUUAUUUACUUUUAGAAACAAUAUAUUUUUAUUUCUUUUUUGUCCAAUUAUUAUUCAGAGUAUCUCUACUAGUGUUUUUCUUAUCAAUUUUUAUGUUAAUUAAAGUUGAUUAUAAUGUUUUAUAACAUCUCCUGUCUUUUCAUCUUCCCCCCUUUUCGUAAUUAUAAGUUGUUUUAUUAA